AUGGAGGCCCGCAACCCCGGCAGGAAAAGUGCGGUGGAGAGGCUGGCGGCCGACAAGGCCAAGUACGUGAAGAGCCAGCAGGUGAUCAGCACCAAGCAGGAGCCCGUCAUCCUGCUGAGCUCGGCCUCGGAGAACAGCAGCGAGACCUGCUCGGUGGAGAGCAGGAAGACCGGCAGGGAGUUGGGCAGAGGGAAACCCCUGGAGCUGGGGAAGGGGGUGUACACCUGCCGGGCCCCCUUGCAGCACGGCCCCCCCAUAGCCAGGCGCAGCACCCCCAGGAGGCAGAUGCGGCCGGAUUCCCUGGUGAUUUACCGCCAGAAAUGCGAGUUUGGGAGAGGUCAGAGCCAGGAUGGCCCACGGGGGAGCUUGGUGAGGAGGAUCUUCCAAGGGUCUGUAAAGGAGAAGCAGCUGGCUUCCCCUGAGAUGCCCAGAGUCAUGGAGGACGCCGCGGCCACCGAGAGCAAAGAGCCUCUCUCAGCAAAACACAGUGACUGUGAGCCGAGCGACCACGGAGCGGAGCAAAGCGUCACUGUGAGCACCGAAGCCCCAGGGGUAUGUACAAAAGAGCAUGAGAGAGCCUCAAAACCGAGUAUACCUCCUGAGGAGGUCAGGGAGGUGAAGAGGAGAGGUCUCCAUCGCUCCCAGUCGGACAUCAGCUCUCGCUUCUCCAAGUCCUUCUCCGAGUUUGAUACAUUUUUCAAGUACUGUGGCCUGGAGCAGGAGGUCAUCGAGGAUCUCGGGAGAGAGAACUUCUCUGUGGUGUCCGACAACGUCUCCUUCAAGAUCCGCAGUAUCAGUGUGGCAACGUCCGAGAGCGACUUCACAAGGCACAGUGGGGACGAGGGGCUGCUGGAGGAUGAACUCACCGAGCAAGUCCCGAGCAGCACCUCCGUGAUCGAGCGCAACGCUCGGAUAAUCAAAUGGCUGUACACGUGUAAGAAAGCCAAGGAGACUAACAAGAUGAUCCAGGAACUGGCAUGA